UUUCAAGAAUCAAUUAGGCUGCUAAAAUAUAAAGUGGGUAAAAUAACAGGGUUUAGACGAGCCAUUGCAGGUAACAACACAAGCAACCCUAGAAAGUCUCGGAAUCAAUUGCCGCAUCACGAUCCUACGCAGAUCCGAGCAUCAGACUACCGCGCACUUCAUAGCUGCUGUCUCGCCUCCUGCCUCCACCAUUCAUCUCCAGUCCACUGAAGAAAAUAGCCGCCAAAGUCAAAUUUGUUGUUGCUGGCAGCUCAAACAAUCGUGACCCGAUUGCCUACUUCUCCCAAAUCACAACCCGACGCCUGUACUUCGUCUGGUGAGGUCUGACGAAAAAAAGAACUCUACUCCAAACGAACGGAGCCGUCUCCGUCGUAUCCCGGCCGUGUCCGAGGGCUUUGACCUCGUAUCCGGUCAACUAGGUUCGCCGCACCUGUGCUUCAUAGCUUCUUUGAGUAGCAGCAUGGCCACGGCCGAGGCUGCAACAUCUUCUACUGGACCCCGUUAUGCACCAGAUGAUCCAACUUUACCCCUACCUUGGAAGGGUUUAAUUGAUGGUAGUACUGGAUUGCUGUACUAUUGGAAUCCUGAAACUAAUGUUACACAGUAUGAGAAGCCAUCAGCCUUGCCUCCCCCGCUGCCACUUGGUCAACCUCCUAAACUUGCUCCUCUACCGGGCGCGAAUGCUGCUCAACCAAGUGAUGGUCCAGGCCAGCAUCAAAGCCUUCAUGUAGGUCAAAGCUUGCAACAAGUUUCAACUGGACAGCAGCAGGGAUCACAUGUGAAUUCUUCCAUGCAACAGCAGAUGCACCACAAUAGGCCCCAUGGGACCCAACAGGCAAGUCACCAAAUGCCUACACAACAACCAGGGACUCCCAUUUCUCAACCGAUGUUGCAGCACAUUCCACAGCAAAUGCAGCCAUUCCAAGGAAUGCAGACAGGAAAACCUCCAGAUUUUCAAUUUACUCACCACCCAACACCACACGGUUUGUAUACUCAUCAGAACAUGAAUCCCCAAGCCCAAAAUGUUUCUGAUCAACAGAAGCAUCAUAUGAUGCAAGGAAAACAGUUUCCCCACCAACAAGAGCAUAAUGUAGAAUUCCGUCCUAGAGAGGAUGUAAAUUUUUCCCAAGGCAAUCAAAUUGGCUUCUCACCUAUGAACGCCUUUCAGCCAGCACCUGCCCAGACCUCAGCUCCUGGAGCUAACCCCUCUCUAGGCCCUCAAAUGGCUGCACAACCCGCUCAACCAAUGCAGUUCAGUGGCCCUUCUGCUAGUAUGCAGCAGGCAGCAUCUCAAACUCACUGGAUGCACAGCGGGCCAGAUUCACUGCACCACCAACAUACUUCCAGGUUCCAAAGCCAGAUGGGUCCAUCACAUGGUCAACUGCCUCCACUUGGAUCAAAUACAGGAUAUGAAGAAAACUCGCACGGAAGAGUAGGAAAUAAGUUUUAUGAUAAUAAUACUGUCAAGGACGUCCAUGCCAUGCCUUCUCAGGCUUCACAUCCCAUGCUUGCGUCAAUACCACAUACAAUAUCUCAGCAUGAAAUGAGGACCGUUGAUCUAACAACACAGAAUCCAGCACCUGGUUUUCAUGGUGCAUAUAAUGGUUCUGGAGGUCCAGCAAUGCAUAAUAUGUAUGGUCAAGCAACCGGUGGCGGUGGCCCCCAGUUUCCAACUCAUGUCCAAAUGCGUCCCCCUGCAGCAGCUAUUGGACCUUCUGAUGCUGAGGAUUACCGUAAAAAACAUGAAAUCACGACAAUGGGAGAAAAUGUUCCGGAUCCUUUCAUCACAUUUGAAGCUACUGGCUUUCCUCCAGAAAUACUUAGAGAUAUUCAUAUUGCUGGAUUCGCAUCGCCUACACCAAUUCAAGCACAAACAUGGCCCAUUUCACUACAAAACCGGGAUAUUGUGGCAGUUGCCAAAACAGGGUCGGGCAAAACACUGGGAUAUCUUAUUCCUGCAUUUAUCCAGCUUUCGCGAAGGCGUAACAAUCCUCAGAAUGGACCAACUGUAUUGGUCUUAGCUCCAACACGUGAGCUAGCUACACAAAUCCAAGAUGAAGCACUAAAAUUUGGACGGUCAUCAAGGGUUUCUUGCACAUGCUUGUAUGGUGGUGCUCAAAAGGGUCCCCAGCUAAAAGAACUAGAACGAGGAGCAGACAUCGUUGUGGCAACACCUGGCAGGCUCAAUGAUAUACUUGAGAUGAAGAGGAUUGAUUUUCGGCAGGUUUCCCUUCUGAUUCUUGAUGAGGCUGAUCGAAUGCUUGACAUGGGGUUUGAGCCUCAGAUUCGAAAGAUUGUGAAUUUAAUACCUCCUAGUAGACAAACACUUAUGUACACAGCAACCUGGCCUAAGGAGGUCCGAGCGAUAGCUAAUGAUCUUCUUCGAGAACCUGUCCAAGUGAACAUUGGCAGUGUCAAUGAGCUUGAAGCCAACAAGUCCAUCACCCAGUAUGUUGAGAUAGUUCCACAAGCAGAGAAGCAGAGACGGGUUGAGCAGAUUCUUCUAUCCCAAGAACGAGGCUCUAAAAUUAUAAUAUUCUGCUCCACAAAAAGAUUGUGUGACCAGCUUGCACGAAGCAUUGGGCGUAGUUUUGGUGCUAUUGCCAUUCAUGGUGAUAAGUCUCAGACUGAGAGGGAUUGGGCCCUCAAUCAAUUUAAAUCUGGGAAGACCCCAAUUCUGGUAGCAACUGAUGUUGCUGCUAGGGGUCUUGAUGUACGUGAUGUAAGGGUAGUAAUCAAUUAUGAUUUUCCAACUGGGGUUGAGGAUUAUGUACACCGAAUCGGGAGAACCGGAAGGGCAGGGGCAACAGGCGUUGCAUAUACUUUUUUUUCAGAUCAAGACUGGAAAUAUGCAGCUGAUCUCGUGAAAGUCCUGGAGGGUGCCAACCAGCAGGUGCCUCCACAAAUCAGAGAGAUUGCCCGACGUGGCCCACCUAGCUUUGUCAAGGAUCGAGCUGAGAUGAACCGUUCUGAUCCAGGUAUGGAUAAUGGCGGUGUCCGUUCGCGCUGGGAUUCUGGUGGUCGAGGAGGAAUGAGAGAUGGUGGUUUCGGGGGAAGAGGGAUGGGAAGGGAUGUUGGUUUUGGCGGCCGUGGCGGAGGAAGGGAUGGUGGUUUUGGUGGUGGUGGAGGAAGGGACGGUGGUGGGUACGGGGGAUUCGGUGGGAGGGAAGGUGGUUUUAUGGGCCGUGGUGGGAGAGAUGGUGGUUUUGGUGGGGGUCGUGGGGGGAUGAGGGAUGGUCAUUUCGGCGGCCGUGGUGGGCGAGUUUCUCCUGGGGCUAAUAAUGCAGGUUGGGAAAGGAACGAUCGUGGGGGCCCGCGUGACCGGUUCAACAGUUUUGAUUCAAGGGGAGGACGCGGUAGCCGAGGCCGUGGAGGUGGUGGGCGCUUUGUUGACAACCGAAGGGACAACAUAUCUAGCGGUAUGAGUAGAAGCAGCAGAGCUUACAGCAGCAGGAGCAGAAGUAGAAGUCGAAGUAGCAGGAGUUAUAGUCGAAGCAGGAGUCGCAGCAGGAGCAGGAGUUACAGUCGCAGUUAUAGCCCAAGACGGAGCCGUAGCCGAAGCCGAAGCCGUAGCCGUAGUCCGAGUCGUGAUAGGUAUCGCAGGAGGACUCGGGUAAGCAAAUUUGAUCAAAUGGAACCCGAGAUGCCUGCUGGUGUGGAGGCGGCUCCCGAAUCUGUCAUGCAGAAAUCAGCACCAGUUGUUGAAGUAGUUACUGCUCCUGAAUCUGCUGUGAUGUCUCCCAUGUUACCAGGUCCGCACUGAUUCUUGGUGUUGUUUCUUCCUGGGGUUUGGCUACAAGGUGGUGAUUUCGAUUAAAGGGAAAAGGAUGUAACAACUCCAUUUUGACCAUCUCUACGUUUCCUCUAAAUAUCAAGUUCUUGUCUCAUUGUUUCUGAGAUUCCUAUGAUGAGAGGGGUCCCUCACCUAUGUUAUUCUUUUUGGUUUUCUUCAAUUUGGGAGUGUUAUCCUCUAAAUUAUGUAGCAGCAUAAGAUCCUACACCUUCACUAAUUAAAUGACCUGGCUUGUUUGAGUAUAAAUUUAUAGAAGAUUUUUUAAAUUUGGACUGGGCCAGGGUCAGGGCUGGCCCUCCCCUAGCUACGUCCCUGGUCACUAAUAGUAAAUCUGCUUAAUUGUUUAGCUUUGUUGGGC